UGUUUCUGAUAAUCGGUUCGUUAAACUCCAAAUUUGAAUUUACAUUUUCAACUUCAAUCAUAAUUGGAUGUAAAUGAUGUAAACAUGACAUGGUUAUCAGAAAAUGUAAUCAUAUUUGGUUAUCAAAAGCAAUAGAUAUGUUUUUCUUGUACUUGAAGUAGCUGAUUGCAUGCUUAGCUUUUGUAAGACAGUUUUCUUGUGCUAGUUCCAGGCUUGUCAUGGGUAAAUGUUUGGUAUCUUGUAUAGGUCUGCAACUAUUUUUUCCAUGGAAAGUGCUUUAAAACUCAAUUCCUCGUGGGAUGUAUUCCGUCUAGAUGUAAUGUUGAAAUAGUAGAUGCAUUUGAACGAUUGCACUUUAUCUAGAAUUUCAUUCUUGCAUGAUAUUUGAAAGUGCUAACUUCUCUUAUGAUGUCUUGUUGAAUUCAUUGUUCAUUUUUCUGAUUUUGGAAAUCGAUAUUGGUGAUUUAGAAUUUAUGUUGAAUGCCAGUCUAUCUUACACCUUCUCGUCUUCUAUGUAGAAACUAAUUGUUCGGUCGCAAUUUCGGUUCACUUCCACCAAAAUUUAGUCUGCAAUGUGUCCUCCAGCAUCUGUCACUGCUCCUGCAAUUGAACUCGAUAACUAUUGGACAGAUGAGGUCGUCUGUAAGUCUUUGGUGCAAUUCAAAAGUGGAUGCCCCCUGCCUUUGAACGUACUUCCUGAUGUGGAUCCCUACGAAUGCAUGCCCUCAAAUCUCCCUGAAAAUAUGUGGUACUUUUGCUCUGGAACAAAAAAGGAUGCAGAACAUGGGUUCUGGAUGUCAACUGGGGAGGCUUGUGAGAUAUAUUCAACUUCUGUUUUUACUGGUUUGAGAAAGACCCUUCAAUUCUAUGAAGGCCAAGCACCUAACGGACAAAAGACCAAUUGGAUGAUGCAAGAAUACACUACAACUGAGAAGUAUAGUAAUAAGCUGGAUUGUAGAGCACUAUGCAGGGUAUUUUUGGCAGAUGAUAAGCGUAGUAGUAGAAGACUUUCUGAAAGUGAACUUCUGGAAAAGCGUAUGGAUGAUGGAACAGGAGCAUCAGCCAUGGCUAAUACAUCUCCAGAUCCACCAUCAGCCAUGGCUGAUACAUCUCCAGAUCCACCAUCGGCCAUGGCUGAUACAUCUCCAGAUCCACCAUCAGCCAUGGCUGAUACAUCUCCAGAUCAACCAUCAGGCAUGGGUAAUAAUAGAUCUCCAGAUUGGCCUCCUGAAAAUAUCCCAGACAGAGAAUAUGUUUUAAUGGGCGAUUACUUGGAGUUGGAUGAUCUUGCUGCUUCCAUUUCACAUUCAUCCAGUUCUGCUGAUUCAAGUUGUAUGACUAUGACAUCAGAAGAAUUUUUCGACCCAGUUGCCCUAAUGCGUGAACUAGGGGAUGACAUUGUACACCAGGAGGUUCAAGAUUCAAGUGUCAAGCUCAAUCUCUCUGCACCAACAAAGUUAAAAGAAGUGAUCAUGGAUCCGACCACUUUAGGAUUUUGUGACGAUGGUAAAGAGUGCAAACCUUCUAUAACACAAGCCUCCAAAACGGACGACACACCUCAAAACGAGCCAGGAGAUGAUAGAAAGGAAAGCACCUCAAAUGGUAUCAACACGACAGCAGCAGCAGCAGCAUCCAGCAGUUCGGAGGAAAAGAAAGAUCGUGGUGGUGGAACCAAGAAGCGUAAGGUGAUGAAGUAUCUGUGUUUCUUGGCGUUCUAAAUCCAUUCGUUAGGCCCUCUUGAGUGUUUUAAGAUUAUGGUUUGAUGAUGAUCAUUUCUUGAACCUUGAAAACCAUUUUUCACAUUGACGCAACUACCGAAAUGAGGUGGUUUUGAGUAUGAAUGAAUGUAUAGUAUGAUAUAAUACAUUACAUGUAGAGAUUUGCAUAUUAGACAAGAGCAGGAGGGAUAGCAAGAUUGUUUGUAAUAUGUAAAUAGG